AUGCCAGCGUCGACCCUAGAAUCACUGGUGGUUCUCGAGAGCUCCUGGACGAGCUUCACGAUCAACAGUCUAGACCCGCGCCAUGCCCGUAUUUUACCCAUUCUGUUUCAGGAUAAAAUUUCCCUGCCGUUAAGAAAUAAAGACGGAGCUCAUCUUCUCGAUGAAACACGCUCUCUUUUAAUAACAUCACUCAAGAGAUUUGUGACCAUCUCAGGCGACUACGGGGUGGCGCCAGAAAACAUUACUAUAGUAGCGUCGCCGGGGGUGACGCAGAUUGACAAUUUUGAGAGCCUCAGAAGCGAGGUCAAGUCCCAAUUAAAACUCAAUAUUCAUGCUCUUGAUCGCAGAACCGAAAACAAAGUUUAUGUCCAUGGUUUGGCUGCGGCGUUUCACCACGCCAGCGGACUGUUUGUGGACAUGAAGUUUUCUUCAACAACCUUCAAUUGGAUCGACGCCAAAGACGAGAUUCGCUCCGGAGACCGCGAAGUUUCGAUCCCGUUUGGAUUUGGGAACCUGGCUCCUGUGAUGGAGGCAGAUCAAGACGUCCAGGAAGCCAAGACACAAGAAAUCGCCGAGGCUGUUCGACAAGCCAUGGACUCUCUCGAUAUUCCUCCCAGUCUCACCAACGUUGCCGAGCGCCGGGGAGGCCAUAAACUGUAUAUUUGUGGUGUUGGCGUACGCUCGCUCACGUACUGGCUGCUUUGCCAGCACCCUCGCUAUCCUGUCUCGUUGGCCAGUGGCUUUGCGCAAACCCCGGAGCGGUUAUGCAACGACUGGGCCAGCGUGGACUGGGAAUCGUUCAAGCGCAAUAGCAACAUGAGCGAAACGACAAGACUAAGGACAAAAUCAUCGAUCUUCCUCGCCUAUUCAAUCUACGAAGCGCUACCGUCUAUUCGCAAGAUUCUCUACACGGAAAAUAAUAUGCGAGACGGAAUCCUGUUUAAUAUGCUGCCAUCAAAUAUCACUGCUCAGGAUCCAAUAAUUGUUGCAACAGCACCCUAUGCCCUGCCAGGGGCCCUCAAACUCACAUCCGUUUUGCGCAAUGCCCUGCCAUCGAACACCCCGGAGGUUAUUUCACAACGACUGGCUUUAGCUCUGUCUAAUGCAUCCUAUAUUCAUUCUUCGUAUCCUCGGGAGGUGCAAAGCAAUGCCAGUAUGCUUGUGGCAACGUCUGGCGUGCUUGCGGCUGCAAACGGUAUUUCCCACACUAUGCGUGCCCUCCUAGGACUGGCCCUGUCCAACAGAUGGGGUGGUGAAACCACGAGCCGCCUGAGGCCGGUGCGAAAAGCCUUUCUGGCUGUGCCACCAGAGAGAGAGCUCGCGUGGUGGGCUCUGUACCUGGGCCAUGUCAUGCAUCUUGUGGGAGGCGCGUAUCCCGGUGCACAUGUCCGUCCCGGCGUCAUCGACUUGUCGGUAAAAAACGAAACAGAGCGCGGGUUCACCCUCAGUGUGGUCUGUCAUAAGGACAAUGUGUUUGGACACAACCCCAUCGUGCAGUCUCGCAUAGACAAGCUGCCAGUGAAAAUCGAAGCCCUCGCGGCCGAAUUUGCGUUCACAGUACCCGAAGUUGUCAUAGAAGUUGUAUCUGUUUAG